AUGGGAACCUGCAAACCGGCUAAAACGCCAAUCGAAAGAGCACCUCCUCCGCAAGAAAGACGGGACGAAAAGCAAAGCAGUGUUAGCACGAAUGAGGGGCUAAAGGACCUACCCUAUCAAAACCUCAUCGGUAGCCUCAUGUAUUUGGCACAGGCAAUCAGACCAGACAUCGCCUAUGCCACCAACUACUUAAGCCAAUUCAACAACUGCUUUGAUGAGUCGCAUUGGAACAGGGCGAAGCGCGUUCCCCGCUACCUGUCUGGAACGAAGACAGCCGGGAUAACUUACACUGCCUGUGGACAACCACUCGUCGGGUACACUGAUGCAAGUUUGAACGAAGACUCAACAGGAAGGUCUAGGUGCGGAUACGUCUUUACUCUAUCCCAAGGGGCUGUCAGUUGGAAGUCUACUCGGCAGCAGGUCGUCGCGCUUUCUACUUGCGAAGCCGAAUAUCUCGCUCUAACGGAGUGCAUGAAAGAAGGGAAGUGGUUGAAGAUGUUCUUAGGCGAACUGGCCCUACAAAGGCACUGCGGGGGAGAGAUGCAACUUUUCUGCGACUACCAGUCCGCCAUCAAACUGGCAGAGAAUCCCGUAUAUCACCAGAGGACCAAGCACAUACAGUUGAAGUACCUCUACUCCCGGAACGAGAUCGAGAGCAAGCAGUUCAGUUUGUCAUUCAUCCCAACAGACGUCAUGAUCGCAGACUCCCUCACUAAACCUGUACUGCGCGCCAAAAAUGCCUUCUGCGCCCAAGGUUUCGGACUUUACCUCCCAUGA